CAGCUUUUCUCCCUUCUCUUAAAGCGUUUCAGUGCUGAUGAUCUCAGUGUUUAGCCGGCAGUGGCAAUCUUCUGCUUUUCUUUAACCACCCAUAUAUUCAUCAUCAACCUCCUCUUCAUUUAUAUUUUGUACCUCUCUGGACUCUAGCUCACUUUCUCUCUUGCUUUUAAACACAGUCAUUUUGUUUCUGUUGUCUCUUCAUUUCAAGUCUCUGCAAUUCGUCAAUGGAAGGGUUUUGGGGUGGUGAAAGGAAGAAUCACAGAGUGAAGCAUCUUGCAUUCAAACAGAGGAGUAGAGGUAGUGUUAGCAUGUCAUCCUUGAGCAAAUUUGUGGAGUUUGACAAUGCAAAUGGUGAAAAGGAAGAGAGUGCUACCACUCCGAAGUUGAAAAGGCGAAAGCCGUCUGCAUCUUCCUGUGGUUAUAGAACUGAUAGUGAUGGUAGUCAGCAAACUCGUGUGCUGAGGUCAAGAAAUCGAGUGCAGGAAGUGGUUACUCCUACUUCCACACACCAUCAUCCUUGUACAGUCUUAUCUUGGCUGAUUGACAACAAUGUGGUUUUGCCAAGGGAGAAAUUGCGUUAUUGUAGCGCAAGGGGGAGUCAUGCUGUGGCAGAAGGAAAAGUAUGUAGAGAGGGGAUUGAAUGCAACUGCUGCCAGCAGGUUUUUACACUUGGUCGCUUUGACAGUCAUGCUGGCUGCAGUAACUACAGACCUGCAGCCAAUAUUUUUCUGGAAGAUGGAAAGUCUCUCCUAGAUUGCCAGAUGCAAAUUAUGACUGAAAGAGGGAAGAAGAGAUGCAGACUAGAACCACAUGAUGUGAUGAAGGGUAAUUUGUCUCGAAUAGAAAAUGAUAGCUUUUGUACAGUCUGUCAGGAUGGUGGUGAUUUGAUAUUAUGUGAUCGAUGUCCAUCAGCAUUUCACAAGAGUUGCAUUGGUUUCGAGGAUGUUCCAGAUGGUGACUGGUUCUGUCCAGCUUGCUGUUGUGUAAUUUGUGGCUGCAGCAUAAAUCCUACAAUCCAUUACCAUACCUGUGGUCAAUGUGAACGUAAAUAUCACACCAGCUGCCUGAGGAAAAGAAGCAUAGAUAAUUUAGAGAUGAAUUCAAAAGGAAAUUGGUUCUGCAGCAACGACUGUAAAAAGAUAUUUUUAGGCCUCCACGAGCGUUUAGGGAAACAAAUUUCAGUGGGUGUUGACAAUCUAACUUGGUCACUUUGGAAGUCCGUGAAAUCUGAUAGUGAUAAUCCUAAUGAACCUGAUAAUGAUGCUGCAACGGAGACUUAUACCAAACUCAAUCUUGCCCUUCAAGUGAUGCAGGAGUGUUUUAAGCAUUUUAAGAAACCUCACACUGGGGGAUAUCUUGCAGAAGAUAUCAUCUUCAGCAGAGGGUCACAUCUUGAUGGCAUGAACUUUCGGGGGUUUUACACUCUGAUUUUGGAGAAAAAUGACGCUUUAAUAACUGUAGCUACCGUAAGGAUCUAUGGAGCAAAGGUGGCUGAAGUACCUCUUAUUGGUACCAGAUUGCAGCAUCGUCAAAGUGGAAUGUGUCGUGUAUUGAUGCAUUUAAUUGAAAAGAUGCUUAUGGACUUGGGUGUGGAGAGAUUGGUUUUGCCCAUUGUCCCCAGAUCAGUAGGAAAAUGGAAUACUUCAUUUGGAUUUUCAGAUAUUAAAGGUUCUGAUAGGCUGCAGUUUCUGGAUUAUAGAUUCAUGCAUUUUGAGGAUACCAUUAUGUGUCAGAAAUGCUUAAAAAGGACAUAUCUAGCUGAACCAUGCCCAUCAAAAGGAAUUUCGCUUGAUGUUGCUGGAAGUGUUGAUGAUAUUGAUUUUGAUGGGUCCAGCGUCCAUAAAGUCUCAUUCACAUGGAAAAUUUACAAUUUCUCUAGCCGUGGGAAGGAAUACUCUGAGACUUUCCUCACUGGUGAUUUGAGAUGGCGGAUGCUUAUGUAUCCAAAGGGCAACACUGUUGAUAACUUGUCAGUAUAUUUGGAUGUUCGAGGUGCCUCAGAAUUGCCACUUGGGUGGUCUAGAUGUGUGAAAUUCAGCUUGACUGUGGUUAAUCAACUUCAACACAGCCAGUCAAUAACAAGGGAAACUAAACAUAUGUUCAGUAAGAAAGUUGGUAACUGUGGCUUCACAUCACUAAUUCCUCUAGAUGAGUUACAUGACCAUUGUAAAGGGUUUCUUGUGAAUGAUACAUGUAUCAUUAUAGCCAAUGUUGCAGUCUGCAUGGCUCAAAUUAUGAUAUCAAAAGACCUAAAAAUUGGCAGCGCUACAUUGAGACCUGUGGAGUACUUAAAUCAGCAGCAGGGGCCUCCUUUACAUAAAGGUUCCGUGAAAAUUUCAGAUCCUUCUCCAGCAGCGCACACGACCACAGGCUUUGAACAUGCAACUCUCUUCCAGGACACAGCAAGUUCUGAACAAGCUUGCACCAAUAUUCCUGAUAGUAGGACCUACCCUUCUUUAAAAUUGGAGUCUGUGGAAGUUCCAGAUAUUUUUGCAGCAGCAUGCAAGGCAACUAGCUUUGGACACGUGAUUGCCACCCAGGAUGCAGCAAGUUUUGAACAAGUCUGCAUCAAGCUCUCUGAUACCAGUACUGUCGACCCUUCCCUCAAGAAAUUUGAUGUUGUGUCCUCCACAUCAACUUCUGAACUCAUGAACUUCAGGGGCUUGGCGAAUAUAAAGAAAGAUUUUGUUCCCCUGCUGGAGGAAGUGUGUUCCAGGCAUCCUUCUUUCAUUGAAUGCCAAAAGGAGAGUAGUCCCCAGUUUACUGAAUGGGCAUUCACUGCCUUGGGAAAAGUUCUUCAUUUUUUGAAGACUAAAAAGGUCAAGGAUAUGACAACAUCUGUCUGUGAAGAUCUAGACCUUUUAUACAAGGAGCUGAAGGCCUUCAAAUUUGAUUUGACUUGGCUAGAGCCUCAUGUUAAAACAGCUCUGGGUGGGAGUGAGUAUGUGGAAAGGGCAGCAGAGGUAAAGAGACUAAGAGAGAAUGUGAAGGCUUUGGAGAUUGACUCAAAGAGCCUUGAGGCUAAGCUUGUGGCAGCAAGAAAUGAUCUGAAAAAGGCUGAAGAAUCCUUUGAUGAGAGAAUUAUGGACAGCGAGUUAGGUUAUUCUCAUUGAUAAGUUCUCUCUUCAUAUGGAAGAUAUGCAGUAUAACCAAAAGUUUGACUGUUGAUAACUUUUCCUAUUACUUCUAGGGAUGACUGAUUUUUCACAUGAACACUUGAACAGCUCUAGCAAAUGAAAUCAAUAGUGAUCACUGUUUGUAUUCAUCGAUCUAUCUAGAUUUCUCUGGGAAUAUAAAUGUGAAAUAUAUGAUAUGAUUUGAGAAAGGCAUAAUCUCUGGGAUAUCUCCCAGGUUCACUACCUGUGCCAGCUUCUAGUUAUGUA